CGUAACAAAAAACCUUGCGUCACGUGACCACCUCUCACUCCCAAACCCAUCAUCUGGGGAAUAACGAUACAUAUUAACCUUACCGGGCUCUGUUUCCACCAAUGUGUUUCAAUGCAGAUUAAUCCAUAGGAUGCUAUUUAAAUGAACGGAGGGAUUCUAGCGACAUUCUCGGGAAAUUCGCGGGAGCUUGGUUUUCAAGGCAGCUAAGAUUAAAGUCUGUGCGCCUGUUUGCAAGUGGAGGAAAACACUGAAGGGUCAUCAUGGCAGAAAACAACUUCCCCCCCCUGCCUCGAUUCAUCCCGUUGAAGCCAUGUUUCUACCAAGACUUUAAUGAGAUCCCAGACCAAUGUCGCACCAUGUGCAAAAGACUCUACUACCUAUGGAUCUUGAAUAGCGCCACACUGGCUGUUAAUCUGAUUGGCUGUCUGGCAUGGAUGUGUGGAGGCGGCGGAGCGACCAACUUUGGCAUGGCCAUCCUGUGGCUCAUCCUCUUCACCCCCUGCUCCUACGUGUGUUGGUUCAGGCCAAUCUACAAGGCCUUCAAGUCCGACAGCUCUUUCAACUUUAUGGCUUUCUUCUUCGUCUUCAUGGCCCAGGUGGUGAUAAGUAUUAUCCAGACUGUCGGAAUUCCAGGUUGGGGAGUAUGUGGCUGGUUGGCUACGAUCACCUUCUUCAGCACCAACGUUGGCUCAGCUAUUGUCAUGCUGAUUCCCACCAUCAUGUUUACUGCGGUGGCUGUGCUCUCCUUCAUCGCUCUCGCAAAGGUUCAUAACUUUUACCGUGGCAGUGGUGGUAGUCUGGGUAAGGCCCAGGAGGAAUGGACCACCGGAGCCUGGAAGAACCCCCACGUCCAGAAUGCAGCUCAGCAGGCGGCCAUGGGAGCCACUCAGGGAGCCAUGCAACAGAACCAGUACUCAGCAGCUCCCACCUACAACUACGACGAUCCAAUGUAGGACAGAGGAGGGGGUUGGGCUGCCGAGUGGGAGAGACAAAAGGGAUCAAUUAAGAACACAAUUUAAAAUUAGGUGCCCUUCAUUAUAACACUGUACAAGCUGAAUUCAAACCGAACAAUGUAGAUACAUGCCCUGUUUUUGGUGGAAAUAUACUUUUAUUGAAUUUUCACACACAUGGGAAUUUAUUUCAGUUCACAUUUAAAUCAACAGGCAGUUAUUAAAACCCACUGUUGGUUUGUUAAUCUCUUAUACUGCUCAAUUUUAGCUUGUCGAUUUGUGUGUUGCUUUCCAACAAAGACAGAAUAUAGCUAAAACCAGUCUGCUGAGCUUCAUCAGUUCCUGUGUCCAGCACAGAGUGACUUCUCUGCCUUUACCUGUGACCUUUAUUGUGUUAUUUAAGGUACUGUAAUGCCUUAGUUGUGUUUACUUUCCUUUAGCCUUCACCAGGUCACCAAACAGUACACAAUUUUCUCCUCAAUUGACACAUGUCAAGAAAACAUUAAAUAACCAUUUCCCAGAAAAGGUUUAACAUGUUGGAAAAAUGCUUAUUCGCUUUCUUGCCAAGAGUUGAUGAUUGAUACCACUCUCAUAUCUGUAUGAUAAAUACGAACCACUAGCAUCUGGUUAGCUUGGCGCAGAAACAAGCUAACGCACAGUAGCUCUCUCCAUAGGUAACAAGAUAUAGGAUGUUAAUUAGUAGGUUUCAGAGGUUCUGUUAGGCAGAUUUUGUUACAGUCGGCAGAACCGGUCCAGCUGCUUUUGUCUGUUUCUAGUCUUUGUGCUGAGCUGAGCUAAUAGCCUGCUGAAGCCGCGUCAUAUUUACUGUACAAACAUGAAAGUAGUAUUUAAGCUCUCAUCUAAUUCUCAGCAAGAGUGAGUGAAUAACAGCAAACUAUGCUCUAAUCAAACCUUCAGGUUUAGGUUACAAUUAAACCUUGAGGUGUUAGAUUGGGAGCAAAUCACUUUUUUAAUAUGGGGAAGUCGCCAUCUCUUUCUUACUCUGUAUGUAAAUUUGGUUUUGAAAAAGAAAUAGUUGAACAAGGCCAAAAUUUCUACAUUAGAAUCAGAAUUUCAAACUAUAAAAAAGGAAAAACGAAAAGUAUCAAAUAAUUUGUUACAUAAGCUGAAUUUCAGGAAGUUUCAAACUUUUAAACCCCAGAGAAAAUAUUUUAGAGUUCAUGUUUCAUUGACUGUUUUUUGUUAGUUUUUGUUUUUUUUUUACUAGUGUGAAGUUGCUCUGCAUCAAUGAACCUUUCAGUUUGAUUCAGUAUUUGUAUUUUUUACAUUCUCAGAAAGAUGUUACAGCUGUUUUUAAAUUUCUAAAGGAUCAUUUGGGUUUUUUUUGGUCUUCUUUUAUCACCACUAAUUAUUAAUACCAGUUAAGGUGAAGCACAUGCAGCAGUUCAUUGGAUAGAACAUUCCAAAUUGUACAGGUUAAAAGUGAAAUCAAACCAAAUCGCUUGUAGGUUGGACAUGUAGUAAAUAUCAAUCAUCAUUGUUGUAGGUAGUCACAGCAUGGUAUGAAGUGAUGGAUGUUUCCCCCCUUUGGUAAAUUCUCCCAGUAACCCUUACAUGUAAAUUCUUAAAUGACUACUUGUUUCUGGAGCUUUGGAUUUCAGGCCUUAGUGUGUCGUUUCGUGGCUGUUGGUGUUAUCCCAUGAUUAGGUGUAAUAUGAUAUUUAUAUAAGAUAAAACAAUAUAAAAUUGAAGUUAAUAAUUUCUUUAUGAAGUGAAACUGAAAGACAAUAUUUGUGUGUAGCCAUCAUGAGGCCUGAUGUGUUCAGUGAAAAGGUUUUGGCCUUGUGUCACCUGAAAACAAAGAUUCAGUAGAUGGAUAUUUACAGUAAUACAGUAUUAGACUUGAAACAGAUGUGAAGAUAUGUGUCUGAAUGCUCAUUAUUUCAGAACCUGUGAGUUGUCUUGUCUGACUGUGAUGAUGUGGUGUUCAGUAGGCUGUUUGCUUUACUUUUUAGUUUGUUUAGUUUUUUUGUACCAACCUGUCAUUUCUGCGUAUUGUGGAUGAUGUGUGAUUGAGUGUGAAGCACAUUUUCGUUGUGUCUUUCCAUGACUAUGGUUUACAGAUUUAAAUAUGUUUUUCAUCAUAAUUGUUUGGAAAUUUUUAAGUAAUGUUUGCAUGGUUGUUGACAUCAGUGCAAACUAAAUUCACAAUGAAUCACAGUGGAGCAAUACUACAUCUAUAUAUUAAACAGUGUAAUCAUUAGGAUCAAGUGGGGCCCUGUUGUGUGGAAAGAUUAAGAUAACAUCAUAUGUUAGGAGUUGGGCUUGCUUUCAAGUUGGACACAACUAGUAUAAUUUUAUGAUUGCAUAACAUUUUCACCAGCAAAUGCACAUAUAGUAAUCAUUAAAUAUAACUCUGUCCCAUCCACAUGCUCAUCAUCCAUCAGUAAAUGCACAAAGUUUAACUGAUCGGAUCGAUAAAUUCUGUGUAAAGUUAUGCACAAGGUGAAGCACCUUUCCUCUGUGUGUAGUCAGUUAUCACGGUCAGUUCCGCAUCAGUCCAAACCUUCUGCCGUAUGUACAUACAGCACAUUUAAUGUGGUUAUGGAAAUUACAGCUGUAUAGUUAUUGUGUAACAGAACCUUUAGUACACUGGAAAAAUAAUACUUUGCAUCAUGUUGCUUUAUCAAAGAUUCUCAAACCCCAUUAACUUCCCACAUGUACUGUUUGCUGUUUGACAUGUAUUAUCAUGUACUAUAUCAUAAGUAGAUAUAAAUAUAUUAUUACUUGAGGUGAGAUAAUUAUUCGCCAUUGAUAAACACUCAAAAGGAACAUGCUCUAAUGUGGUGGAUGAAGCGAUCGAGGAGGUUGUGUCUCCAUGAGUGACGUUUAUGAGGAUAUUUUUUGUGUAUUACUUUUGUAUUAUUUGGUCUUAUUCUAAUAGUUAUUAAAGAGUUCUUGUUGCA